GCAUGACGCGCCUUUCUCUUUCCAAUGGCCGGUUCUUGUAGUUCGUCUCUCGCCUUCACUUCACCACCAUGAGGAGUAUCCGCUUUCUUGUUUUUGUCCUCUCAUUUGUCUCUCAAUAUGUCUCCGCGGCGCGUCAUGACGACGACCUCAGGUCCUUCGUUACGUUGCCUGAAGUUCGGGCUUUGAAGUACGACGUCACAUAUCAUGGUGAUCGCAGUCGGGUCAGUCCCGGCUACUGGUUUGUCGCCCCGUACGGCAAUAUCAACCCCGAGCCGCCGACACACCGAUACCAGCAAUACCAAAUCGGUCCUUACAUCUACGAUGCCGACGGAGUUCUAAUCUGGGCGGGUUCGUCCAUGUUCGACAAUCACAAUGUCUUUGACUUUCGAGCGGUCCACAACAUGGGAAAGGAGCCGCACCUAUCGCUGAUCGCGCAACGUUCCCAUCGCGACGAAAAGAGCGAUGUCAAAGUCAAAGGAAGUGGUGUAGUCUUAGACCAGCACUAUCAACCCAAAGAGAAGGUCGUUGCUCUGGACGAGCUGCACGAGUUUAACGUCCACGAGUUCAAUGUCGUCGACGGCGGAGAGAAGGCGCUGGCCUGCGCCUAUCGCACGCAGAAACUCAACCUAGCGGACCUAGGGCGCCCCAAAGAUGAGUCUUUCUUCCUCACGGGCGGCUUCAUCGAGUUCGACUUGACAUCAGGAAAGCCCAAAAUGCAAUGGGACUCGAGUGACCACCUGGCACUACACGAAUCGGUCAAAUACCUCGCAACAAACGACGUGGUCGAUCAACCGCCAGGCUUCGAUUACGUGCACAUAGACUCGGUGGACAAAAACGCCGCCGGUGACUAUCUACUAUCAAUGCGCUUCACCGACGCCAUCUACCUCGUCUCAGGUGAAGACGGGCAAAUCCUCUGGCGCCUAGGCGGCGUCGAGAACGAUUUCAAAGACAUGGACUUCUCCUUCUCCAGACAGCACCACGCGCGAUUCGUCGAAUCAAACGGCUCUCACCACGUCAUCUCCCUUCUCAACAACGCUGCCGACGAACUAGGCGAGCAAGAGCAUGUCUCGUCGGCAAUGAUCGUAGAGGUAGACGGCGACGCCAAGGUCGCCAAACUGCUAAGGCGCUACACCCGGCCAGACGGCCAUCUGUCCAAGCUCCGCGGCAGCGUUCAAGUCCUCAACAACAGCAACGUCUUCGUCGGCUGGAGCGACCAGGGCUACCACACGGAGUUCUCGACAGAGGGCACGCUCCUCAUGGAAGCCCGCUUCGCGUCUGACCGCUUCGUGACCUACCGCGCUUACAAGUACGAGUUCACUGGCCGGCCCAGUGCACCGCCUGAUGUUGUCGCCCAGGUCCACGGCGCGAGCAGCUUAGAUCUCACGACCACGUUUUACGUCAGCUGGAACGGCGCCACGGAUGUGUCAACAUGGAACUUCUACGCGCGCGCCUCCGAGAGCGGAACCCCCGUGUUGGUCGGGAGCACCAACAAGACCGACUUCGAGACUAUGUACACCGCCCAUGGCUUCCUAGACUGGGUGUCCGUCGAGGCCGUCGACAGCCAGGAUAAAGUCCUGAGCACAUCCAAGACCCAUCGCAGCACGACGCCGGACUGGGGAGCUACUGGAUUCAAGGGCUCCGCUCCGCUCCCGAACGACCCUUCGACCAUCGACUUUCCACCCAAGCAGCCCGAUACUGACGACGACGACGACGACGAUGAUGAUGAUGACGAUGAUGACGACGAUGACGACGACAACGACGACCACAAAAAGAAACCCACCACCCCCUCCAACCCCCACACCGACAACGACAUCAACUACGCCAACGCCAAAGAGGUCGCCCAAGCCGUGUACAAAGCCUACAGCGUGAUCCGAUUCAUCAGCGGCGCGAUGAUCUUCGCGGUGGUAGUCGCGUGUCUCUGGGGUGCGUAUCGGUUCUACGUCAGUCGUCGUAGGGUGCAGCUUUAUCGGCAUAUUCCGACGGAUGAGAGCCAUGCUAUGCAUGAUUUUGAGUUGGGGGAUAGUGGGUCUGAGUAGGUUAGGUUUUGUUUUACUGUUGUGUUGCGUUAUUAUGUUACGGGGAUGGUUGGAUGUUGUUUAUCUCGAUGUAUUAGGUGGGUUAUUUGGUGAUGGGUGUUAAUAUUGCGCAUGUAGAUGGCUCUUGAUUUGGGGUUCAUGUUGGAUAUAUGCGUUGUGUAUAGUUUCAGUUUGUCAUCCCAUCUCCUACUAUUAUUUUCAAUCAAACCCGUGUAACUAGU